UGACCCGGAUGUUCACUCUCGGGCACCCGGGGAAGUGGAAGCGCCGGGCCCUGCAGCGGGGGGGAGAGCCACAGACGCCGGGACCGGGAGCGCCGCCGCCGCCGCCGCCGCCGCCAUGAGUGAUCAGCAGCUGGACUGUGCCUUGGACUUGAUGAGGCGUCUGCCUCCGCAGCAAAUCGAGAAAAACCUCAGUGACCUGAUCGAUCUGGUGCCCAGCCUGUGUGAAGACCUCCUGUCCUCGGUUGACCAGCCACUGAAAAUCGCCAGAGACAAGGUGGUGGGGAAGGACUACCUCUUGUGUGACUACAACAGGGACGGGGACUCCUACAGGUCACCAUGGAGUAACAAGUACGACCCGCCCCUGGAAGAUGGGGCCAUGCCUUCUGCUCGCCUGAGGAAGCUGGAGGUGGAAGCCAACAACGCCUUUGACCAGUACCGAGACCUGUAUUUUGAAGGUGGUGUCUCAUCUGUCUACCUCUGGGAUCUGGAUCAUGGUUUUGCUGGAGUGAUCCUCAUAAAGAAGGCUGGAGAUGGCUCAAAGAAGAUCAAAGGCUGCUGGGACUCCAUCCACGUGGUGGAAGUGCAGGAGAAGUCCAGUGGUCGCACCGCCCAUUACAAGCUGACCUCCACGGUGAUGCUGUGGCUGCAAACCAACAAGUCCGGCUCUGGCACCAUGAACCUCGGAGGCAGCCUUACCAGACAGAUGGAGAAGGAUGAGACCGUGAGCGACUGCUCGCCACACAUAGCCAACAUCGGGCGCCUGGUCGAGGACAUGGAGAAUAAAAUCAGAAGUACGCUGAACGAGAUCUACUUCGGGAAGACAAAGGACAUCGUCAACGGGCUGAGAUCUGUUGACGUUAUCCCCGACAACCCCAAGUUCCUGCAGCUGCAGAGGGAGCUUUCCCAAGUGCUGACGCAGCGCCAGACCCACAUCCAGCCCGAUAACUAAGCCGCUCCAGGUCUGUGCAGACUUUCGCAGACAAAUCAAAACAAGAAGCUCUUAAGAAUGACCUGGUGGAGGCUUUGAAGAGAAAGCAGCAGUGUUAAAAGCCUCUGCUCCCCACUGACCGGAGACGCCGUGCGCUGUUAGGCUCCUUUCUUAGACACUCGUUUCCUGCUCCCUGCCUCGUCCCUUCCCUCCCCGACAGGCCACACAACAACUCGCAUCACCACCGCAGCGCCAUCUCUCCCGAGAAUAAACCCGGUAAACACCCCUGGUCUCGGAGGCCUCCUUCCCCCACCACGUUUUGCUAUCACAACUCGGUAUUCCCAUAGAGACCGUGUUUUCUGUCCGCCCCGGCCCCCCCCCCACCCAUUUAUCGGCAUAAAAAUACACUGUCUGUCUGCCUCCCUCCCCUCCCACCUUUUUGUUACAUUGGUGUAAAAAAUGUAAAACAAAAAAAUUUUAUGAAAUAACUGUGGUGUGUGAAAGAUAGAAGAAAAACUGGAAAUCUGAUUCCACGUGUGUUUGGGAGUUGCUUGGGGCUGGGGGCCGGCGGGGGACAGGGGACAGCUCUGGGAGAAAGGAGAGGUGGCCCUCAGCUCGGCCCGCGGUGGGGGCGGGGCCUGCGGGCCGCCCUGCUCCUCUCGCCAGGUGCUUUUCUGUCAAUUUUUAUGGAAUGCAAAAGGAGUUUUUGUUUUAUUUUGUUUUUUUGUAAAGCUUAAAAAAAAUCUACAUCUUAUACUUGAGCUUCCAUACUUAAAAAAAAAAAGAAAGAAAAAAAAACAAAAAAUAAAUAAAUAAAAAGAAACUGGGA